GAGUGAAGGCAUUCCCUAAGUGAGCGCAUUAUUUUUGUUCCAUCAGCAGGAGCUUUCCAACUGCUCUCAGGCUGCUCUUCCAACACUCAAAGCUCUUCUUUUCUCUUGGGGUCUUUUUCAGAGUGUUCCCGACAUGCCUGCGAAGGGCGUUACACUUUAUCGGCAGGAGCAAACGCAACAUCAAAGCUCAAAACAUGUUGUCCAACACUCAAGAAAAUCCAGCUCUCGGGUAGUGAAGAAGGAGCAGGUCCAGGCCACUGAGGCUAUGGCGGAACAAGCCUACACAGUGCCAGCCUUCAGGGAGAGGGCUCCUGAAGGCAUGCAGGAGUAUCAGAGAAUGGCGGCUCACUUUGGAAGAGAUUUGGUUCAGCUGCAGCAGGAGCUGCACAGGAUGAAAGUGGCCACGAAAGAGCAAGUGGAAAAUAUUGAGAUCACUAGAGAGGUGAAGGGAAUGAUGCCUUUGAGGAAGGAUUAUCCUGUUGAGUUUCCCAAAGCACCGGACUUCCUGGUCAGUCUGAGAUCUCACACUGUGUGGGAAAAGACUCCCGUCAAGCUGUUCUGCACUGUGUCCGGCCAACCCAACCCUAUUGUCAAAUGGUAUAGGAAUAAUGUUCCCAUUGAACCCUUGAGUGCUCCUGGAAAGUACAAAAUUGAGAACAAGUAUGGUGUUCACAGUCUGAUUAUUAGCAGAUGUGCUGUUACUGAUUCUGGAGUGUACAGUGCUGUGGCAACCAAUUCGCAUGGAAAGGCCACUUCCAAGGCUACUGUCUGUGUCAGGAGGCCACUAGGGGGAGGAGAGCUAUCCCAUCUGCCAGGAUUAGUUCCUCUUGGCGGCAUUCAUCCCAGUAAGCUUGAGGUAACCAUGCUAGCAUCAUUUGGAGUGACGUUUGGUACCGAGGGAGAGUCUGUUAGCUUGGUGGCCAACAUGGUGGUGGUGCCUGAUCUGCCAAACCUGCCACCCGAGGCCAUGUGGUACAGAGACGAUACUUUGCUAAUACCAUCCAGGUGGGCUGAGAUGUCUAUUGGUGGUGGAGUCGCCAAGCUCACUCUUCCUCACCUGAACAAGGAUGAUGAGGGUCUUUACACGCUUCGCAUUUGGACCAAGGAUGGAACUGCAGAACACAGCGCUUACCUGUUUGUUAAAGAUGCCACUCCCACAGUGGCUGGGGCCCCUGGAGCCCCCAUGGAUGUUACAGUGACUGAUGUCAACGCGGAUUACGUCCUGGUCUCCUGGAAACCUCCAAACACCACCCAUGAGGCUCCCAUCACUGGAUACUUUGUGGACAGACGUAAGUCAGGAACUAAGGACUGGGUCCAGUGCAAUGACUCCCCUGUGAAAGUGUGUAAGCUGCCCGUCCACGGCCUGACCGAGGGGGCUUCCUAUCACUUCAGAGUGAGGGCUGUGAACAAAGAUGGCAUCAGUCUGCCUUCUAGGAUGUCUUCUGGAGUGAUCCCUGGUGAAGUGGAGAGUGAUGUGCAAGUGAUUAAAAUCGAAGGGAAAUAUGACAUUGCGAUUCGACAGGAGGAUCUACAAGGAGUGUAUGUAACAAUACCAGAUCCACCCACCAAUGUGCAUGCUACAGAAAUAAACAAAACAUACAUUGUUCUGAGCUGGACACCACCUAGCCCUCGUGGACGGGCACCUGUGUGGUACCUCAUUGAGAAGUGUGUAGGUGACAGUCACAUCUGGCAGAGAGUCAACACUGCAGUGCAGCUACGAUCUCCCCGUUACCCUGUUUACGAUAUGGAGGACAAGAAAUCUUACCGUUUCCGCGUAAUCACUGUCAACAAGUAUGGCUCAAGUGAGCCAUCAGAGCCCACAGCACCCAUCGAAAAGGUGGACCCUUAUGGUGUUGUUUCGAACAUUGGUGUCCCCUCUGCCCCAGGACAGGUGAUUGCUUCCAGAAACACCAAAACAUCUGCUUUUGUGCAGUGGGAGGCCCCAAAACAUGCCACCAACCUCAUGGGUUACUAUGUGGAUGCCUCUCUGGUUGGCUCCAAGAAGUGGUUCCCUUGCAACCACAGGCCUUACAAACACACCAGGUUUGUGGUCCAUGGUUUGGUCCCAGGAGAUACUUACGUGUUUCGUGUGCAAGCCGUGAAUGCUUAUGGUUUGAGUGAAGAAUCACAGGAAUCUGCUCCUCUCUUCAUUGAUGCUGCUCUUUUUGGGGCAGUGGAGUAUGCUACUCCCUCCGCCCCAUACGGCAUCUCUUUGCUGAACUGUAAUGGAUCCUCCAUGACCCUGGCCUGGAAACGCCCCAAAAACACGGGCGGCUCUAAGAUCACGUCAUACUACCUGGACAAGCGCGAGGCUGGAAAAGUGGACUGGAAGGAGGUUAGCCCCAAUCCGGCUGCCCACAGGACCUUCACGGUGGAGAAUCUGACUGCUGGAGUUUUCUAUGAGUUCAAGGUUCAGGCUGCUAACUUGGCUGGAGUUGGCCUGCCAUCUGAGCCUAGCAGAGCUUUUGCCUGUGAGGCCUGGACAAUGGCUGAACCAGGCCCAGCAUAUGACAUUAGUUUCUGGGAGGUACGUGAUACCUCCAUCCUGGUGCAGUGGAAGGCUCCUGUGUACGCCGGAGAUGCUCCCAUCACUGGCUACUUUUUGGACAUGGCUAAAAAGGGCUCAUCAGAUUUUGUUGCUGUUAAUGCUGAGCCAAUUGCGCGUUGUUAUUUGAAGGUGGCUGGACUAGAGACUGGAGCGUCGUAUGUGUUCAGAGUGCGGGCUGUGAAUGUUAAAGGUGUUGGAAAAGCCUCAGAUGUGUCCGAUCCUGUGUGUGCAAAAGCGCUGCCAGGUACAAAGGAGAUUGUAUGUGGUGUGGAUGAAGAGACAGGAGACAUUUUCUUGAACUUUGAAGCUUGUGAAGUUUCUGAGACCUCUAAGUUCACAUGGUCCAAGUCCUACAAAGAAAUCACUGAAUCAAACAGGGUCUCCAUCACAUCCUCUGGAAGACACUCUAAGCUGACUUUUGUAAACGCUGAAAAGGAGGAUUUGGGCAUCUACUCUGUCGCAGUGAGCGAUACAGAUGGAGUUUCAUCCAGUUACUCUGUCAAUGAAGAAGAGCUCAAAAAAAUGCUUGAGCUGAGCUACAACAUCAAACAUCCCAUUGUUCCACUGAAAACGGAGCUGAACUAUGAGAUUCUGGAGAAGGGUCACGUGCGUUUCUGGGUUCAGGCUCUGAAGUUGUCCUCCUCUGUCAACUACAGAUUCGUUGUGAAUGAUAAAGCCAUCACAAGUUCUGAGGGUUACAAAAUCAGCCAUGAUGCUGCUACUGGAAUCAUCCAGAUGACUAUUGAGCACUUCACCAGGGCCAAUGAAGGCACUUACACUGUUCAGAUCCAAGAUGGCAAGGCCAAGAGCCAAAGCUCACUGGUUCUUGUGGGAGACGCAUUCAAAGUUGCUCUGAAGGAAGCAGACUUCCAAAGAAAAGAGCACAUCAGAAAACAAGGCCCUCACUUCUCAGAGUAUCUGUCUUUCCAUGUGACUGAUGACUGCACAGUGAUGCUUGUCUGCAAGCUGGCCAAUGUGAAAAAAGAGACGACAUUUACCUGGUUUAAAGAAGAUGAAGAAAUUACCGUUGAUGUUGCACCAAACCCGAUGUCUGGAUCUUGCUCUCUUCCAAUCCCCAUGUUCUCCAGGAAAGACCAAGGAGUUUACAAAGCUGUACUGGGUGAUGACCGUGGAAAGGACACCUCUGUCUAUGAUAUUUCUGGCAAAGUGUUUGAGGAUAUCAUCAAUGCCAUCGCCAGUAUUGCUGGUUCCUCUGCCUCUGACUUGGUUCUUCAGUGCACACCAGAGGGUAUCAGACUGCAAUGCUACAUGAAGUACUACACAGAGGAGAUGAAAACUAGCUGGUUUCAUAGAGAGAGUAAGAUUUCUUCCUCUGAGAAGAUGAGAAUCGGAGGCACAUCUGAGAUGGCCUGGAUGCAGAUCUGUGAGCCCACAGAUAAGGAAAAGGGUCAUUAUACCAUUGAGAUCCAUGAUGGAAAAAAAUCACACUCUCGCACCUUUGACCUGUCUGGACAAGCAUACACUGAUGCCUAUGCAGAAUUCCAAAGACUUAAAGCUGCUGCCUUUGCUGAGAAGAACCGUGGAAGAGUGCUAGGUGGCCUGCCAGAUGUUGUCACCAUUAUGGAAAAGAAGAGCCUGAGUCUAACUUGCACAGUGUGGGGUGACCCCAACCCAGAGGUCACCUGGUUUAAGAAUGAGCAGGAAGUUGUGUCCGACGACCGCUACAAGAUCACCUUCGAGGGUGGCAAGUUCGCCAGCCUCACUAUCAAAAAUGUGUACGUGGAAGAUUCUGGAAAGUACAGCAUCAAUGUGCGGAACAAGUACGGAGGUGAAUUCGUGGAGAUCACAGUCAGCGUCUACAAACAAGGCGAAGAAAUCCCUGAGCCCAAACUGGGACAGAUGGCCAAGCCCGUUGUUACCCCCAAGCCAGCUACACCCGCUCCACAGCCCGCGAAGACCCCGACUCCUCAAACUCCAACGCCCUCCGUGAAGUCCCCAACCCCUACUCCACCUUCCUCUGUGAAAUCUCCCACUCCAACUCCAGCUCCUAAAUCACCCACCCCACCCAGAUCCAUGAGAUCCCCCACCCCGCCAAGAUCCAUGAGAUCCCCUACCCCAACUAAGAAGUAACUAGUAAACUAUGGCUUAUAGAAUCUGAAGAUACGUGAAGUAUUGAUAGAGUUGAUGUAUAGUCUUUCAGUUCGAAUCAACUGAAGAUCUGUUUUAGUUUGCUGCAGUAGUCUACAAAUCAAAAUCUAUCACUGGUACAGUUGUGAGGUUAAAUAUCUGAGGGAAGUGUCCUUUACUCCAGUGUACCAGUUUUCAUCUCUGAAAUAGAGUCAAAAAAUAGGAAGAAUGUGUUUUAUGUAAUGCUUUCGCACCCAAAUGAUAAGAAAGUUGCUAAAGUGCUGUUGGGUCGGUCAAAAAUCAUCACAUAACAGCCACCACUGUCUUAUCUGUUUUUGUUCAGUACCCUUUAAAUGCUUGUUGGUGCCAAUAAAGAUCAGCCGUCUCCUCUUUGGAGUGGAUCUUC